AUGGUUCAAGACUGGCAAGCAAAGGCGGACGCCAAACGACAGGCAAUCCUGGACUCUAUCCCAGAGAAAUGGAGGCUUUCAAGUGUCCCAAGUGCUCAAGACCAGAAAGACGUUACUGGACCAUAUAUCCAGCAGUUCCUUGACCCUAAGGAAAUUGAGAUCACCGAGACCGAUGCUGUUGGCAUUGCAAAGCAGACUGCUUCUGGCGCAUGGUCUGCCGUGGCAGUAGCCGAGGCUUUUUGCCAUCGAGCUUCUCUAGCCCACCAACUUGUCAAUUGUCUGCACGAGACAUUCUUCGAUGCAGCUCUCGCGGACGCGAAAGCACUAGAUGCUUACCUGGCAGAGCACAAGAGACCGAAGGGGCCCCUUCAUGGCGUUCCCGUCUCGCUCAAGGAUCAGUUCCAUGUCAAGAACGUAGACACCAGCAUGGGAUACGUCGGCUGGAUCGAUACGUUUGAAGGCAAGCCCGAUGAUCCUAGGAAAGGCAAGUAUGAAAGUGAGAUGGUACGAGAGCUCCGCAACUUGGGCGCCAUUCUGUACUGCAAGACUUCUGUACCGCAUACGUUGAUGUCCGGCGAGACGGUGAAUAACAUCAUCGGGUACACAUGGAAUCCGAAAAAUAGGAAUCUCACCUGCGGCGGAAGCUCGGGAGGAGAAGGUGCAUUGAUCGGCCUGAAAGGCUCGCCCGUUGGUUUUGGCACAGACAUCGGUGGAUCGAUCCGCAUUCCUGCAGCUUUCAACGGCCUUUACGGCAUUCGACCCUCUUCAGGUCGACUGCCGUACGAAGGCAUGGCGAACUCGAUGGAUGGACAGAACUCCAUUCUCUCAGUUGUUGGUCCCCUAGGAAGUACGGCCGGAGCUGUAAGACUGGCGGUCAGGUCAAUCUUGUCGCAGAGCCCUCAUUUGUAUGAUCCCAUGGUCGUUGACAUGCCAUGGCGUGAUGCCGAAGAGCAAGCUGUCUUCGACAUGGCUAAAGCGGUGUCAGGUAAAGGUCCUCUUGCUUUUGGUGUGAUGAAGGGCGAUGGCGUUGUCAACCCAGAUCCCCCAGUCUUGCGGGCUAUCGACCUGGUAGCAGCCGCCGUCCAAAAGGCUGGGCACAAGGUCAUCGAGUGGAAACCGCCAUCUCACGAGAAGAUGCUGAAAUGGAUCUUCAAGACCUGGACUUACGAUGGUGGAAAGGAUGUCCAUGAUGCUUUUGGUCUCUCCGGAGAAACAGUCGCCGCACAGGUCGCUAUGAGCUAUGGCAGAGAAGCGAGAGAGCAGUUCAAGGCUUCCGAUAUUGCGGCAACGAAUGUUGAACAGAGACAGAGCAAGAAGGAAUACCUCGACUAUUGGAACUCUACAGCAGAGUUGACGGGGACUGGCAGGUCUGUUGACGGGCUCAUUGCGCCCUUGGCACCAUACCCGGCUGCUAGGCCUGAGGGUUACAAGUACUAUGGCUUCAGUGCUUGGGUUAACGGCCUCGAUCUCACCGCGGCUGUUGUCCCUGUGACCUUGGCCGACAAGUCCAUUGAUAAGUAUCCGGAAGGUUACGAGCCAGUCAGCGAACACGACAAGGUGGUGUUUGAAGACUACGACGCAGAGAUCUACGAUGGAGCGCACGUCAGCGUCCAGAUCGUGGGACGAAGGUUCACGGAGGAGAAGAUGCUGGCAAUUGCAGAAUAUGUAGGAGGUCUACUAGCUUAG